AUGAUUGCGUAUCACUGCACACGGUUAGGAUUCUACGCUGGCACGAUCAGCGAACGUGCAUCUUAUGUCCUUCUCUCCUCAUCGCGUCUGGUGAGAUGGUUCAAAGAGAAAGGCAUACCAUGUGUUGUGUUUAGCGGUUUGCACGGUGCACUGUUCUACGCCGUAUCCACUUUUCGUUUACGCAUGUCCAUAGACUUAUACAUUGAGCGCUUUCUACCUUUGUUGGUUGAGGAAUUGCGCAAAGAAUGUGGGGACAAUCAUAUUCAAAUUGAAGUGAUUUAUGAUGCCAUCAUUUUACCCAUGUUUGAAACACUUCAACCAUCCGCAUCCUCCUUGAGAGGAAACAUUCUGGUCGAUUUUACCUCAGUCAACCGAGGAUUCUUCUCCAAGCACACAAAUGAUAAAUUAGGCCUAAAGUAA